GCCCGUCCGCAAGCUCUGCUCUCCUCUGCGUGCGCCCCCUCCCGCUUGACGCGCCCCCGGCGGCGGCCGCGCAGCCCUGGCUCCUCGCGAGCUCGGGCAGCGGCUGCGGCGGGGUUAUGGCGAGCGGCGGCGGCGGCGGUGGUAACACUGGCGCGGGUGGGGCCUCGGGGCUGGGCCUGGGCCUCGGUCUGAGCCUCGGCAUGAGUGAGGCUACCGGCGAAGCGGAGGAGGAGGCGGCCACGGCCGAGGCAGUGGGACGUCUGGCCACAACCCUAUGGCUGCGGCUUCGCGGCUGGGAGGCGGUGUUGGCGGCGACGCAGCGGCUGCUGGUGUGGGAGAAACCGCUGCACAGCCUGGUCACGGCGGCCGCGCUCAACGGCCUCUUCUGGUUGCUGUCUUCGUCGUCCCUCCGGCCCUUUUUCCUGCUCAGCAUCUCACUUUUGGCCUAUUUUCUGCUGGAUCUCUGGCAGCCUCGCUUCCUCCCUGACGUUUCAGCAUCGUCCCCUGAGGAUCCACACUCUGACAGUGAGGGUGCGGGGUCAGGCGCCCGGCCGCACCUGCUGAGUGUGCCCGAGUUGUGCAGAUACCUGGCUGAGAGCUGGCUCACCUUCCAGAUUCACCUGCAAGAGCUGUUGCAGUACAAGAGGCAGAAUCCAGCUCAGUUCUGUGCUCGAGUCUGCUCUGGCUGUGCUGUGCUGGCUGUGCUAGGACACUAUGUUCCAGGGAUUAUGAUUUCCUACAUUGUCUUGCUGAGUAUUCUGCUGUGGCCCCUGGUCGUUUAUCAUGAGCUGAUCCAGAGGAUGUACACCCGCCUUGAGCCCUUGCUCAUGCAGCUGGACUACAGUAUGAAGGCAGAAGCUGAUGCCCUACAUCACAAACAUGACAAGAGGAAGCGACAAGGGAGGAAUGCACCCCCAGGAGGUGAUGAGCCAUUGGCAGAGACAGAGAGUGAAAGUGAGGCGGAGCUGGCUGGCUUAUCCCCAGUGGUAGAUGUGAAGAAAACAGCACUGGCCUUGGCCAUUACAGAUUCAGAGCUGUCAGAUGAGGAGGCCUCUAUCUUGGAGAGUGGAGGCUUCUCUGUAUCCCGGGCCACCACUCCACAACUGACAGAUGUGUCUGAGGAUUUGGACCAGCAGAGCCUGCCAAGUGAACCAGAAGAAGCCCUGAGUCGUGAGCUGGGAGAGGGGGAUGAGGCCGAGUUGGCCCCUUCUGAAGACCUCCUAGGCACCUCUCAGGCCCUCUCAAGGCAAGCCCUAGACUCGGAAGAGGACGAGGAAGAUGUGGCAGCCAGGGAAACCUUGCUUCGGCUUUCAUCCCCGCUUCACUUUGUGAACACGCACUUCAAUGGGGCAGGGUCCCCUCAGGAUGGGGUGAUGUGUUCUCCUGGAGGACCAGUGGAGAUGCUGAGCCCAGAAGCAGUGAGUGGUGACCUCACAGCUCCACCCAGCACCCUCUCAUCCCCACUUUGCCUUGCCGAAAGUGACCCUGUUCCCAUCCCCUCCCCUUCCAUACUCCCACCUCUUCCCCAGGACUCAUCCCAAACCUUGUCUGCCCCUGAGGAAGAAGAGGCACUUGCCACUGAGGACUUUGAGGUGCUGGAUCAGGGGGAGCUGGAGCAGCUAAAUGCAGAGUUGGGUUUGGGACCAGAGACACCCCCAAAGCCUCCUGAUGCUCCACCCCCUCCUCCCCUGGGGCCAGACAUCCAUUCUCUGGUACAGUCAGACCAAGAGGCUCAGGCUAAGCUCGAGCCAUGAGCCAUGGGGGAUGGAGCUGCAGGCACAGUAGGGCUUUCUGGCUAGAGGUGUAGCUAUUCCUCUUUUCCCUACCACUCUGGGAAGGGGCAAUGCCAGGGGAACCUGGCUAUCAGAUAGUAGCCAGCCCACCUUCUGCCUGCCUGCCUGCCUGCCUGCUUGCUGUUCUGGGACUGGUACAGUACCCGUGCCCAGGAUUGGUUUUAAGUUUGUAAAUAAUUUUCCAUUUGGGUUAGUGGACGUGAACAGGGCUAGGGAAGUCCUUUCCACAGCCUGCACUUGCCUCCCUGCCUCAUCUCUAUUUUCAUUCCACUAUGACCCAAGCCCUGGAGGUCUAACCCUUUCUUUUUCCUCCUAUCCUCAGGGACCUGUGCUGCUCUGUCGUCAUGUCCCACUUGGUUGUUUAGUUCACGCACUUUAUAAUUUCCCUCUCCUGUCCCGCAUUCCCCUCAGCUUUAUUUCCCUACUAUGUCCUGUCCUUAACAGCGCAAGCCCUACCCUUUGCCACUUCCUUCCCACAGGCACUGGCCUCACUUAGGGUGGUCCUGGUCUGGGAGGGAAAGAGUAAACCUGGGGUGGUGGUCAGGCCAGUAGUUCGACACUUAGGUCACUGUAGCCUUCCUACCGUGCAUUGCACCCUUGCCAGAGUUCAGCCAUUCAUGAUGCAGGAGAGCAGGAUCCCAUAUAGCACUUGUGCAAGUGCUAGGGUUACUGAGCAUGUGCUGUCUUGUUGAAGUGAGGGCUUCUUAACUCUCCUAGGGAAGAAGAAGGAAACCUGCUCUUUUGGUCCCAUCGGUGGGACCCCCUACUAGGGUCAGGCAGUGGAUAGUAGCAUCUGUGCAGGUAUUGACUGGAAAAAUAAAGUGAUUGGCUAGAA